AUGUAUGUGUCCAGAUCAGGCAGAAGAAAGCUGCUACUAGAUCCACACACACGCACGCUCAGCCAAGCAUGUAUGUGUGCAGAUCAGGCAGAAGAAAGCUGCUACCAGAUCCACACACACGCACGCUCAGCCAAGCAUGUAUGUGUGCAGAUCGGGCAGAAUAAAGCUGCUGCCAGAUCCACACACACGCACGCUCAGCCAAGCAUGUAUGUGUCCAGAUCGGGCAGAAGAAAGCUGCUACCAGAUCCACACACACGCACGCUCAGCCAAGCAUGUAUGUGUCCAGAUCGGGCAGAAGAAAGCUGCUACCAGAUCCACACACACGCACGCUCAGCCAAGCAUGUAUGUGUGCAGAUCGGGCAGAAUAAAGCUGCUGCCAGAUCCACACACACGCACGCUCAGCCAAGCAUGUAUGUGUCCAGAUCGGGCAGAAUAAAGCUGCUGCCAGAUCCACACACACGCACGCUCAGCCAAGCAUGUAUGUGUCCAGAUCGGGCAGAAGAAAGCUGCUACCAGAUCCACACACACGCACGCUCAGCCAAGCAUGUAUGUGUGCAGAUCGGGCAGAAUAAAGCUGCUGCCAGAUCCACACACACGCACGCUCAGCCAAGCAUGUAUGUGUGCAGAUCGGGCAGAAUAAAGCUGCUGCCAGAUCCACACACACGCACGCUCAGCCAAGCAUGUAUGUGUCCAGAUCGGGCAGAAGAAAGCUGCUACCAGAUCCACACACACGCACGCUCAGCCAAGCAUGUAUGUGUCCAGAUCGGGCAGAAGAAAGCUGCUACCAGAUCCACACACACGCACGCUCAGCCAAGCAUGUAUGUGUGCAGAUCGGGCAGAAUAAAGCUGCUGCCAGAUCCACACACACGCACGCUCAGCCAAGCAUGUAUGUGUCCAGAUCGGGCAGAAGAAAGCUGCUACCAGAUCCACACACACGCACGCUCAGCCAAGCAUGUAUGUGUCCAGAUCGGGCAGAAGAAAGCUGCUACCAGAUCCACACACACGCACGCUCAGCCAAGCAUGUAUGUGUCCAGAUCGGGCAGAAGAAAGCUGCUACCAGAUCCACACACACGCACGCUCAGCCAAGCAUGUAUGUGUGCAGAUCGGGCAGAAGAAAGCUGCUGCCAGAUCCACACGCACGCUCAGCCAAGCAUGUAUGUGUCCAGAUCGGGCAGAAGAAAGCUGCUGCCAGAUCCACACGCACGCUCAGCCAAGCAUGUAUGUGUGCAGAUCGGGCAGAAGAAAGCUGCUACCAGAUCCACACACACGCACGCUCAGCCAAGCAUGUAUGUAUCCAGAUCGGGCACUAGAAAGCUGCUACUAGAUCCACACACACGCACGCUCAGCCAAGCAUGUAUGUGUCCAGAUCGGGCAGAAGAAAGCUGCUGGCAGAUCCACACACACGCACGCUCAGCCAAGCAUGUAUGUGUGCAGAUCGGGCAGAAGAAAGCUGCUACCAGAUCCACACGCACGCUCAGCCAAGCAUGUAUGUGUCCAGAUCGGGCAGUAGAAAGCUGCUGCCAGAUCCACACGCACGCUCAGCCAAGCAUGUAUGUGUCCAGAUCGGGCAGAAGAAAGCCGCUGCCAGAUCCACACACACGCACGCUCAGCCAAGCAUGUAUGUGUCCAGAUCGGGCAGUAGAAAGCCGCUACCAGAUCCACACAUACGCACGCUCAGCCAAGCAUAUAGGUGUCCAGAUCGGGCAGAAGAAAGCUGCUACCAGAUCCACACACACGCACGCUCAGCCAAGCAUGUAUGUGUCCAGAUCGGGCAGUAGAAAGCUGCUGGCAGAUCCACACACACGCACGCUCAGCCAAGCAUGUAUGUGUCCAGAUCGGGCAGUAGAAAGCUGCUGGCAGAUCCACACACACGCACGCUCAGCCAAGCAUGUAUGUGUCCAGAUCGGGCAGAAGAAAGCUGCUACUAGAUCCACACACACGCACGCUCAGCCAAGCAUAUAGGUGUCCAGAUCGGGCAGUAGAAAGCUGCUGGCAGAUCCACACACAUGCACGCUCAGCCAAGCAUGUAUGUGUCCAGAUCAGGCAGUAGAAAGCUGCUACCAGAUCCACACACAUGCACGCUCAGCCAAGCAUGUAUGUGUCCAGAUCAGGCAGUAGAAAGCUGCUGCCAGAUCCACACACACGCACGCUCAGCCAAGCAUGUAUGUGUCCAGAUCGGGCAGAAGAAAGCUGCUGGCAGAUCCACACACACGCACGCUCAGCCAAGCAUAUAGGUGUCCAGAUCAGGCAGAAGAAAGCUGCUACCAGAUCCACACACAUGCACGCUCAGCCAAGCAUGUAUGUGUCCAGAUCGGGCAGAAUAAAGCUGCUACCAGAUCCACACACACGCACGCUCAGCCAAGCAUGUAUGUGUCCAGAUCGGGCAGUAGAAUGCUGCUACCAGAUCCACACACACGCACGCUCAGCCAAGCAUGUAUGUGUCCAGAUCAGGCAGUAGAAAGCUGCUACCAGAUCCACACACACGCACGCUCAGCCAAGCAUAUAGGUGUCCAGAUCAGGCAGUAGAAAGCUGCUACCAGAUCCACACACAUGCACGCUCAGCCAAGCAUGUAUGUGUCCAGAUCGGGCAGUAGAAAGCUGCUGGCAGAUCCACACACACGCACGCUCAGCCAAGCAUAUAGGUGUCCAGAUCGGGCAGAAGAAAGCUGCUGGCAGAUCCACACACACGCACGCUCAGCCAAGCAUAUAGGUGUCCAGAUCGGGCAGUAGAAAGCUGCUGGCAGAUCCACACACACGCACGCUCAGCCAAGCAUAUAGGUGUCCAGAUCGGGCAGAAGAAAGCUGCUGGCAGAUCCACACACACGCACGCUCAGCCAAGCAUAUAGGUGUCCAGAUCGGGCAGAAGAAAGCUGCUACCAGAUCCACACACACGCACGCUCAGCCAAGCAUGUAUGUGUCCAGAUCGGGCAGAAGAAAGCUGCUACUAGAUCCACACACAUGCACGCUCAGCCAAGCAUAUAGGUGUCCAGAUCGGGCAGAAGAAAGCUGCUACUAGAUCCACACACACGCACGCUCAGCCAAGCAUGUAUGUGUCCAGAUCAGGCAGAAGAAAGCUGCUACCAGAUCCACACACACGCACGCUCAGCCAAGCAUGUAUGUGUCCAGAUCGGGCAGUAGAAAGCUGCUGGCAGAUCCACACACACGCACGCUCAGCCAAGCAUGUAUGUGUCCAGAUCAGGCAGUAGAAAGCUGCUACUAGAUCCACACACAUGCACGCUCAGCCAAGCAUGUAUGUGUCCAGAUCGGGCAGUAGAAAGCUGCUGGCAGAUCCACACACACGCACGCUCAGCCAAGCAUGUAUGUGUCCAGAUCGGGCAGUAGAAAGCUGCUGGCAGAUCCACACACACGCACGCUCAGCCAAGCAUAUAGGUGUCCAGAUCGGGCAGUAGAAAGCUGCUACCAGAUCCACACACACGCUCAGCCAAGCAUGUAUGUGUCCAGAUCGGGCAGUAGAAAGCUGCUACCAGAUCCACACACACGCACGCUCAGCCAAGCAUGUAUGUGUCCAGAUCGGGCAGUAGAAAGCUGCUGGCAGAUCCACACACACGCACGCUCAGCCAAGCAUGUAUGUGUCCAGAUCAGGCAGUAGAAAGCUGCUACUAGAUCCACACACAUGCACGCUCAGCCAAGCAUGUAUGUGUCCAGAUCGGGCAGUAGAAAGCUGCUGGCAGAUCCACACACACGCACGCUCAGCCAAGCAUAUAGGUGUCCAGAUCGGGCAGUAGAAAGCUGCUGGCAGAUCCACACACAUGCACGCUCAGCCAAGCAUGUAUGUGUCCAGUUCGGGCAGUAGAAUGCUGCUACCAGAUCCACACACACGCACGCUCAGCCAAGCAUGUAUGUGUCCAGAUCGGGCAGUAGAAAGCUGCUGGCAGAUCCACACACACGCACGCUCAGCCAAGCAUAUAGGUGUCCAGAUCGGGCAGUAGAAAGCUGCUACCAGAUCCACACACACGCACGCUCAGCCAAGCAUGUAUGUGUGCAGAUCGGGCAGUAGAAAGCUGCUACUAGAUCCACACACAUGCACGCUCAGCCAAGCAUGUAUGUGUCCAGAUCGGGCAGUAGAAAGCUGCUGGCAGAUCCACACACACGCACGCUCAGCCAAGCAUAUAGGUGUCCAGAUCGGGCAGUAGAAAGCUGCUGGCAGAUCCACACACAUGCACGCUCAGCCAAGCAUGUAGGUGUCCAGAUCGGGCAGUAGAAAGCUGCUGGCAGAUCCACACACAUGCACGCUCAGCCAAGCAUGUAUGUGUGCAGAUCGGGCAGAAGAAAGCUGCUACCAGAUCCACACACACGCACGCUCAGCCAAGCAUGUAUGUGUCCAGAUCGGGCAGAAGAAAGCUGCUGGCAGAUCCACACACACGCACGCUCAGCCAAGCAUGUAUGUGUCCAGAUCGGGCAGUAGAAAGCUGCUGGCAGAUCCACACACACGCACGCUCAGCCAAGCAUGUAUGUGUGCAGAUCGGGCAGUAGAAAGCUGCUGGCAGAUC